AUUUACCAAACCCUACCAAUCUCUCCAUCUUCUUCUUCUUCUUCUUCUUCAUCUCCCUCUUCAUCUUCAACACGCCGCGCGUGUUCUCUUAAUCAAUGGAGGCUCCAACGCCUCUCCUCCUUCUCUUCCUCCUCCUCCUCACCACCACCUUCCUCUCCACAUCCGUCGCUGACGAUGCGGCAGCAAUGCUCGCUCUAGCUAAAUCUUUCAAUCCUCCGCCGUCAGAUUGGUCGGCAACAGCGUCGGCUAAUUUCUGCAAAUGGACCGGCGUGCGUUGCGCUGGAGGUCGUGUUACUUCAAUCAGCCUCGCUGAUAAAUCUCUCUCCGGCUUCAUCGCGCCUGAGAUCUCGACUCUCUCUGAGCUCAAAACCGUCGCUCUUCAGCGUAAUCAGCUCUCUGGUAAAAUCCCUUCGUUUGCUAAACUCUCUUCUCUUCAAGAGAUCUAUUUAGAUGAGAAUUUUUUCGUCGGAGUUGAAGCCGGAGCUUUCGCCGGACUUACUAGUCUUCAGAUCUUGAGUUUGAGCGAUAAUACAAAAAUUACUCCUUGGGGUUUUCCUUCGGAGCUCGCUGAUUCGUCUUCCCUCACUACGAUUUACCUCGAUAGCACCAACAUCACCGGAGUUUUGCCGAACAUUUUCGAUUCCUUCGCUUCUCUUCAAAAUCUCCGGUUAUCUUACAACAACAUCACCGGAGUGUUGCCGCCGUCGCUUGCGAAAUCUUCGAUUCAGAAUCUGUGGAUCAACAAUCAACAAACUGGUAUGUCAGGAACGAUCGAAGUGCUUUCGAGUAUGACGUCCUUGUCACAAGCUUGGCUUCAGAAGAAUCAGUUCUCUGGACCGAUCCCGGAUCUCUCCAAGAGCGAGAAUCUCUUCGAUCUACAGCUCCGGGACAAUGCUUUAACCGGAAUUGUACCUCCGACGCUUCUUUCACUCGGAAGCUUGAAGAACAUUACUUUUGAUAACAAUAAGUUUCAAGGUCCUUUACCUUCGUUUCCACCGGAGGUUAAAGUAACCAGUGACCACAACUAUUUUUGUACUACUAAACCUGGACAGAGCUGUAGUCCUCAGGUGAUGACGCUUUUAGCUGUGUCCGGCGGUUUGGGAUAUCCGUCAAUGCUGGCCGAGUCUUGGAAAGGAGAUGAUGCUUGUAGUGGUUGGGCUUAUGUUUCUUGUGAUUCAGCUGGGAAGAAUGUUGUCACGUUGAAUCUUGGGAAACAUGGAUUCAAUGGCUUUAUAUCUCCGGCCAUUGUGAAUCUCACUUCUUUGAAGAGUAUUUACCUCAAUGACAACAAUUUAACUGGUGUUAUCCCCAAGGAGUUGACAUCGAUGACUAGUUUGCAACUAAUUGAUGUCUCAAACAACAAUCUCAAAGGGGAGAUACCGAAGUUUCCAGGUUCGGUGAAGUUUAAUUACAAGCCGGGUAAUUCUUUGUUGGGCACUAAUGCUGGAGACAGUUCAACACCUGGAACUGGUUCUGAUGCUAGUGGUGGUCCUGGUGGGUCUUCUGGUGGUCAUAGUGGUAGUAAGGCUCCAGUGAUCAUUGGUGUUAUUGUGGCGAUUUUGGUUUUUCUUGCCAUCCUAGGAUUUGUGGUUUACAAAUUUGUUAUGAAAAGGAAGUAUGGUAAGUUUAAUCGGACGGAUCCUGAGAAGGCUGGGAAGAUUUUGGUUAGUGAUGCUCUAUCUAAUGGUGGUGGUAGUGGUGGAUAUGCUAAUGGACAUGGAGCUAAUAACUUCAAUGCAUUGAACAGUCCUAGUAGCGGUGACAAUAGUGAUCGUUUCCUUCUUGAAGGCGGAAGUGUUACCAUUCCAAUGGAGGUUCUUCGUCAGGUUACAAAUAACUUUAGUGAGGAUAACAUAUUGGGCAGAGGUGGUUUUGGUGUUGUGUAUGCCGGAGAGUUACACGAUGGAACAAAGACUGCAGUCAAGAGGAUGGAAUGUUCAGCAAUGGGUAAUAAAGGAAUGAGUGAGUUUCAGGCCGAGAUAGCAGUACUCACUAAGGUCAGGCAUAGACACUUGGUUGCUCUAUUGGGUUACUGUGUGAACGGGAACGAGAGGUUGCUUGUCUACGAGUACAUGCCACAGGGAAAUCUUGGACAGCAUUUGUUUGAGUGGCGUGAGCUUGGAUACUCUCCUCUGACAUGGAAACAGAGAGUCAGUAUCGCACUAGACGUGGCACGAGGUGUGGAAUAUCUUCAUAGCUUGGCGCAGCAAAGCUUCAUCCACAGAGAUUUAAAGCCCUCUAACAUCCUUCUAGGAGAUGACAUGAGGGCAAAGGUUGCUGAUUUCGGACUGGUUAAGAAUGCACCAGAUGGGAAAUACUCUGUUGAAACAAGAUUAGCAGGCACAUUCGGUUAUCUAGCACCAGAAUAUGCUGCUACUGGAAGAGUAACAACGAAAGUGGAUGUGUAUGCAUUUGGAGUGGUUCUUAUGGAAAUACUAACUGGAAGAAAAGCUUUAGAUGAUUCAUUACCAGACGAGCGAUCUCAUCUAGUAACAUGGUUCAGAAGAAACCUAAUCAACAAAGAUAACAUCCCAAAGGCGCUCGACCAAACCUUAGAGGCCGAUGAGGAAACAAUGGAGAGCAUAUACAGAGUUGCUGAGCUUGCAGGACACUGCACAGCCCGCGAACCUCAACAAAGACCAGACAUGGGACACGCGGUAAACGUGCUAGGUCCACUUGUAGAGAAAUGGAAACCGUCGUGCCAAGAAGAAGAAGAGAGUUUCGGGAUCGAUGUGAACAUGAGUUUACCUCAAGCUCUUCAGAGAUGGCAAAACGAAGGAACAUCAUCAUCUACAAUGUUCCAAGGAGACUUCUCAUAUUCUCAGACACAGUCUAGUAUCCCUCCAAAGGCCUCUGGUUUCCCUAACACAUUUGAUUCAGCUGAUGGUCGGUGACACCAAACUUCGUGUCGAUCUGUGUCAAAUCGGUGUUACUAAGUUUUAUUCAUUUUGGCUUUUACCUUUUCUUCUUCUUAAUGAUAUUUAUAUAAAUAUUGUAAGCACAUAUAUAUGCUGUAUUCGCGUCUGACCACUUUGAGCUUUUGCAUUUGUUCAUUCUUUCUAAGGAAAAAAAUUGUAUUACGUAGCUUUGGUUUUGGAAAAAAAAUGGAAGAUUUGAAAACUAACGUUA